CUGUAAACAAUUGUUGGAAAUAUUACUUGUCAUGCACAAAGUAGAUGUCCUAACCAACUUUCCCAAACUAUAGUUUGUUAACAAGAAAUUUGUGGAGUGGUUGAAAAACUAUUUUUAAUGGUUCCGACCUAAUUGUAUAUAAACUUCCAACUUCAACUGUAUAUUAAUAAGAACAUAAAAAAAAAAUAAUACCAACAAUAGUUUAUUUUUUGUGAAAUUUCUUUAAUUUAAUUUAGUCAUUUUACAGAGGGGGAUUACAGGUACAAAACCAAGCAAAGAAAUGCAUACAAAAUAACCCCAAUCCAUUCCCCAUCCACCCUCCUGCAUCCUCCCCACCCGGAAACCAUGCCCCACUUACCCUACCCAAAGAAAGCAUGCCUCUCACUCCUUCUCAUUCCACCCACCAAACGAGGUUGCUUAUCAGUCCCACUCCCACCCAUCCAUCCCCAGAGUCUCAAUUGUUCCUUGACUAGCACAUUCAUUCUCGUUGUCGAUAAUUUUAUUGUUAUAACUUCUAGUAGUAACUGUAUCCCCUGGUUAAAUGGGAAAGAAUGAGGUACCAUUUAGACCCCCCCAAAAAUCGCUGCAGUGAGGCCUGCCAGCAAUACUUUUCUCUGAUUGAUUGAGAGAUUCAAGGUGCUAUCAUUGUCAGAUAAAAUAAUAGGUGCAAAGCUUUGAAUAUUUAAAUUCAUGCACUUCGAAAUGAAUGUUGUAUCUUUGCCCCAGAAGUAAUUUUAAGUGCAGGGCACUCCCACAUCAUAUGAAGGAAUGCGCCUACCUGAUUUAGGGGACACAGUGAAAAGUUGGGAGUUGGGACCAAUUUCAUCAUGAAACGUUUCCUUGCUGUUAAAUACACAGUCUGUGAACACAUUGAUGUAUACAUUUAUGGUUCGGAUUAGGGGAUGCCAUGGUCUUAUCUUUCCAUAUUAUGUUCUAGUUAAAGGGUUUUUCAGAUUCAAUUAGAUCUGUUGACCAUACUUUUUUUAAUGGCUAGCUCAGCAUAUGAACUUUCCAAAAAUAUGUUUUGACUUUAAAGCAAGGAGAUGUUUCUAUUUUGAUAUUGUGAAAGAAAACAUUUGAGAGUCAAAAUGAUUUGUUUUUGGAUAAAUUGUUAUACAGUGCUAUUCCAGUAAUCCAUGGCUAAUCUCUUUCUUUGUCAUUUGACAGUAAACAUAAUAGAUGGUGGUCAACUAACACAUAGUAGCCCACUAGCCCACAAUCAAGGUAGAAGUUAGUGAAUUGUGGAUCCCUCAGAGGGAAAUCCCCAAAUUCAGAGACGCAUUGUGAAAAUGAAAAUUGUGAAAGUGAAAAUGACGAUGUCUGUCAGAAUGGGGCUUGUCCUUCACCUAGCCUGUAAUCACGUACCUAGUAUGGUUUGAUUGAUUCAUAAUCUAGGCCUACAGCAGUUGUUAAAUGUUUGGGAGCCAGGUUUAAGGUUAGACACAACUUAUUUUUACUCAUUGUCCUUCUCCACCAUCUCUACCUUUUGUGAUGAAGGCGGGGCUUGAUGGCCCGAGCGGGGCUUGAAUCCGGGACCUUGUGAAAUCUGAAACCCCUUGACGAGAUAAAAUCAAAUUUUAUUUGUCACAUGCACUGAAUACAACUGGUGUAGACCUCUCUCUCUCUCUCUCUCUCUCUCUCUCUCUCUCUCUCUCUCUCUCUCUCUCUCUCUCUCGCGCGUGUGUGAUCGUGAUGGCGUUGUGUGUGUGAGCCAUGGCCCCCUCUCUGACCACCCUGGGGAAGCUGCCUGUGGUGCGCUGUCGGCUACUGCAGCGCUACGAGCACCAGCCCUUUGUCUCAUGCCUGGCCGGACUCUACGGCUGUCAAUGGAGACGCUACCAGAGGACCCGCGCCACGCCGGGAGACUGCUGCUGCAGCAAGUUGGAAUGUGCCAGCUUUGCACUCCUCAUCGUGACAUUCUGUCUCACACUGGUCUUCCUCUACUUCUGGAGUGAAGCUCAGAAUGACUACAAUGAUUUUGACUGGUUUAACUUUGGGAACCUGGGUUUCUGGUUCCCCUGGUCUGUGGUGUUGCUGGUCAUCGCUGCCGCCUUCUUCAGCUACAUCACUCUGCUGCUGCUGUUGGCUGUAUGUCUGCUGUCAGAGGGACAGAAGCUGUACCUACACUGGGGCCACAAGAUUGGGGUCCUGGUGAGUCUAGCCUUCUCCAUUCUUGCCAUAGCAGUGCUGUCUGACCUAUGUAGCAAAGAGUGGACCACUCUUCUCCUCUCUUUCCAGGUGACGGCACCAUAUUUACACGUGGGAGGAGUCUUGCUGAUGACACUCCUUUCCUGGCCAAUAGCCUUGCAUUUCUACCACAUCAAUAGAAAAGUUGGGCAGGCGCUCAUCAUGGGGCUGUACCUGGCGGUGCUGUGUGCCCUCUACCUGGUGCCCCUGGGCAUGUACUCGCCCUGUCUUAAAGAGGAGGGCACUCUGGGCCUUGCACCAGCCCUCAUCGGGCACAGAGGGGCACCCAUGCUUGCGCCAGAGAACACUCUCAUGUCCUUCGAGAAGGCGGUGGAGGCUGGAGGGCAAGGUCUAGAGACUGAUGUCACCAUCAGCUAUGACGGGGUGCCCUUCCUGAUGCACGACCACACCCUGAGGAGGACCACCAACGUGCAGGAGGUGUUCCCCAACCGGACGGACGCCCCUGCGGCCAUGUUCACCUGGGGAGAGCUGGAGACCCUCAACGCCGGGGCCUGGUUCCUCCAUCGUGAUCCGUUCAGCACGGCUUGGUCUCUGAGUACCGAGGACCGGGCGCAGGUGCAGAACCAGUCUGUUUGCACCUUCAGGGACUUUCUGGAGCUGGCUUCGCAGAGAGGCAAACAGGUUUUGUGGCUGCCCUCAGACCUGCGGAGCCUGGUCCAGCAGCUGGACCCUGACCUCCAGCAUACCUCAGCGUCCCGGGCUCCAGUUGAGGAGCUCCAGCAGAAUCACAUUGUCCAACUCAACCUGCACUAUAGCUCCAUGUCCACAGAGAUGAUAAUGUGUGUGUGUGUGGUAGUGUGUGUGUCUUUGCAUGAAAUAGUGUGUGUAUGUGUGCACAUAUUAACUGGCUGUAGGUGUGUCAAUUGUGUGUGUGGGUUGUAUUCCUCCCUCAGUGAGUAUGCAGCAGCCAACAUCAGCACCAACCUGUAUGUGAUCAGCCAGUCGUGGCUCUACUCUCUGGCCUGGUGCACUGGGGCUCAGUCUGUCACCACCAAUGCUCUACAGUUCCUCAACAAGCUCAGUAGACCCCUCUUCCUUAUGACUCCAGAUGAGUACAAUCUGAUGUGGGUCCUCACCGACGUGGUGUCCAUCACCAUCAUCAUCAUCAUCUUCAUCUUCCACUGGUGGCGAGAACAAAGCCUGGCUUUCUGUUCGGGCAGCAAACCCACACUAGAACAUGGCACCUACAUCAAGUUCAGGACAGAUGUGUGGUCCGUCUCCAGUGUCAACAUCCUGGGAGAGCCCGCUGAGCCUAACUUGGCAACCGUCUCAGAGCACUGAUAUCCAAUCAACCAACCUCUGUGAGGCUCAGUUGAAGCAAACCACUCCUCACUCUCCUUUUCAACUUGGCAACUUCCCGGACCCCAAACGGGCAAUUCACCAGAAUCGACCCAACCUGGAAACCCAGGACCCUACUGGAAACCGAGAGCACAACCUGGCAACCCCCUGUAGAUUUGUGUGAGAGAAUGAGAGCCAAAGAGAAUUAGAAAUAGUUAAAUGAUGUGAGUGAGGCCUAUCGGAGCUGAUGUGUCACGUGCAGAAGGGAUUUCAUUGGAUAGAUAUUAAUCCUUAAGACCGGGCUGCCCAACUCUCUUCCUGGAGAUUGGGUUUUAAGUUCAACCCUAACUUAACACACCUGAUUCUACUAAUUAGCUGCUCAACAAGACCUUAACUAGCUGAAUCAGAUAUGCUAAAGUGGGUUUGACUGAAAACAUAAAGGACAGUAGAUCUCCAGGAAGAGGGUUGGGCAGCCCUGCCUUAAUUAAUUUAAGUCAAAUGUGACUGAAGAACAGCCCAGACAACCUCAAGCACCAACCAACUCAUAGUUCAUACUACAGACACCAUCUGGUGGUGGGAAGAGAUUACUACACUGUUUAACCAGGUCCUUUGAGAUGGAUUACACACUCACUGAAUUAAUAUAACAAGAAAAGUGACCGUCCGCUGUAGAUAUUCUCAACUUGUAUUACCCUCCAUUGUCCAUAGGUUCCUUUCCAUUUCAGCAGCCACUACAGUGUUGAGUUAUGUGUACCACAAAUGCUUGACCAUUUUGUUAGUGUGUGGUCGAUAAGAUGUGUGAAUAUGUCCAGACCUGGGUUCAAUUAGUAUGUUUUUAAAUACUUUAGCUGUGCUUCAUUGCCCUUUCCUGGCAUAAGGGAACCAAUGAAGUAGACCCAAAAAGUGCAUUUUGCCCAUCUGGGAUCUGGCACUCCAAUCAAACUGUCUCAAGCUUCAUUUAUACCUGCAGUUUACAGGCAUCCUGUGUCCUGAUCUUGUCCACAUUCAGAUUGUGACCACAUUUUCAGUCUACACAUGCUAUUAAAAUGUAUCUUAUGUGUCCUCAUUGUGACCAGAUUUCCUGGUCAUUCCCUGUAAGUCAAUUAUUUGACAGAUAUUCUUUCAGAAUUGUUUAUUUAUUCAUUUUUAUUCACAUAUUGAUGCCAUAAAGCAAUGGUCCCACCUGUGAAUGGUUUUAGAGGGUGGGGUAAUGAUGAUUUGUAAAUUAUUUCACUGUCCAGAUCCGUCUACACUUGUAAGGCUGCGUUUAGACAGGAAGCCCAAAUCGGAUCUUUUUUUUCCACUAAUUGGUGUUUUGACCAAUCAGAUCAUUGAAUUCAGAAUUGGGCCGCCUAUCUAAAUGCAGCCUGCGUGCCCGAGGCCGUGUCUAGGCUGGACAGUUCAUGCAGGUUUAGUAUUCUGAUCAUGGAAUUCCAAACGCGUCAUGCGUCUACACCUAAAUUGAAAUGCGUCCACCAUGUCCGGAUUCCCUUUUCCCGCGCUAUUUUCAACUGCCAGUAUGCAUUCUACAAACGGUGAAAUAGGAAUAAUCUGAUAACUACUGCCAUCAGACGUUGUUGUGUUACCUACUGUAGCUAGCUAGCCAGCAAGCAACGCAAAAUGAAUUGCAAACGGAUUAGCAUAACUCUAGCCAAAAAAACAACGUUAUAAUGAAAAGGUUCCUCUCGGUCCCAAAACACAAGUUUUCUGGAGACUUGUGGGAGGAGUGCUGAUGACGUUACCCAUUGUAUGCACUUUCAGCUGCCUGAUUCGACCAGACUGAGGAGAAAUCCGCCUCCUGAAGUGGUCAGCCAGAUCUGAACACAAUCAGACCACAAAGCGACAUUUGUGCGUCUAGAGACCCAUCUUUUCAAUGCGAUCUUCCUAUUCUGAUAGCAGAAGUUAUGUAAGUGUCACGUGUAGACACGACCUGACUACCUCCGGAGGUCGGCAGGAACAUCUGAUCACAAUGUAUUUUGAUUGUCUACACCUGUUUAAAAAUGUGGACACAAUCAGAAUAUGGAGAAGAUCAGAAUAAAGGACGCAUGUUGGAACCAGGUAUAAACAGCGCUGAAAUAUCACAAAGAAAAAUGGGUACUAUUAGAACUCCGGUUUGGAUAUGACAUGAUAAUCCUUUGUUUGUGUCUGGAGAUAAAUUAAUGUGUUUGAUUGGUUGUGUUCAAUGUUUAUAAGUACUUAUCACUUUAUUGAGCAUAAGGCAUUGUAACGAGGUGAAGUCCAUAGAACUUUGCAGCAUAUAAUCACUGCAAUGACAUAAGUGACCUACAGAGAACAAGUACACUGUAUUUCCAUGGUCCAUAUCUAUAUAUUUUAUAUGGUUCAUAUUGAGGUCAUUGUUUUUAACAAAUUUGUUUUCAACACAAAUGAAAAUCCUUCUGGCAAUGAUUAAAAAAAAGCUAAUGUUGUACAAUAUUUAGUCCUUUUAGCCAAAUUAUAGCAGAACUCUUACAUCUCUCUCUUCAGUUGAUUGUGCCUCAGCUUUACUGUGCAGUGUUGUCUAAUCAAUGUGAAGAAUACCAACUUCAGCUCUGGUAGCUGAAAGACAGUUUUUCUAGUAAUGAUUAUGAAACCUGUUAGAUUUCUUUAUGACUGACAACAUAUUGAUGAGUAACCUAGCGCCACCGCAGCUUUGUGAUAAGGGGCAGCCUUUAAAUCACUAUACAAAGCCUUAGGAAUACCUAGGAAAAAAGUAUGUUUAGCCAAAGAAUCACAGUAUAAGAUACCAGUCUGAUUUGUCAUCUGUGUACGACACCUGUAAUGUUAUCUUGGUUGUAAGAUCGUUAUAGAAAGAAUUAUCUGUUGUUUACAGUUCUGUCAUUCUGUUCCAAUCAGAAGAGUAUUAUAUUAAAAUGAUAGUCUAAAAGUAGAGCUCAGUUGGUGGUGAUAGCCAUUGUAUUUUGUAUGAGCCCAUUUCGCUAUGACAUCAUUGUAAACUAUGGGAUUUCUUUUGCAUAAACAUUAUCAGAA